AUGGAAGACUACGAGCAUGCGGAACGCGAACUGCUCGAACAUUGCGGUCGCGUCGCUACAUUGAGCGAGUGUUUCGCGUGGUUGGAGCGGUGCAACGAGUGCAUCGAGAGCCUCGAGUGUCGCGCCAAGCGUCCGCGUCUCACCGUCGGUCACAGACAAUCCGCGGUGGCGAGGAUCGCGCGACUCGUGGGUGCGCGAACAGUGUUGGAACAACGGUUCGUGCACGUAGGCCAUGGAGUGGGUGGUGGUGGUGAACGCGAGAACGAUAGAUCUCUCGCUUGGCGCGAGAUCGACGCCGCUUUCACCAAUCGCGUUCUGACCGGUGCGGUUAUAAACUCCAGGCAUAUCGAGCCUCGACAAUUCCUCGAAGACGCCGAAAGUGUAGUGCUCGAGCGUGUGCGGGGCGCUAUAGAUACACAUGGUAGCGUGAAGGUGAACACCGUCUUCAACGGCGAGUUCGUCGCGGGUGACAAACGCACAGUCAUGGGGAUAAACGGCAAAAACUGUGAACUCUAUCGGUGCACCGAUCUGCGCGAGUGGUACGCGUCGCGCGUUAUCGAGCCCACGUUGGCGUCGCUCGAAGAGCACCAGGAACGCGACAGCGGGUGGGCGCUCUCGCGUAUUCUGAACCUGACGGUUAACGUGAAUAAACUCAAUCCCAUGCGCGCGGGGUGUCAUUGUCGCGUUACAUUGCCGGAAAAGUUUAAAAGGAAGGAAGCAGUGAUCAACGUGCGAUCCAUGGACAAUACGUGCUUCGCGUGGGCGGUGGUCGCUGCUUUGUACCCUGCGUACAAUCAUGUGGAUCGUGAAUCGUCGUAUCCGCAUUAUUCCAAAGUGCUUAACUUCGCGGAUAUCGAGUUUCCGGUAACGCUCAAGGACGUUGCGAAAUUCGAGCGGUCGAACGAUAUCUCGAUUAACGUGUACGGCAUCGAGGACGGGAACGAAUUCCCUCUGCGGCUCACCGAUUACAAGAGGGGCAGACACGUCAAUUUAUUGUACGUGCAAGACGGCGACGGCCAUUUCGCAUGCAUCAAAAAUCUGUCCCGUCUCGUCAGCACGCAAAUUAAUAAACAUCAUGGACAAAAGUACAUUUGUGACCGAUGCCUCCACUACUUCUCCAAUGAAAAAUUGGAGAGUCAUGCGGUGGACUGCGGUAAAAUGAACGAGUGCGCUAUCCGCCUACCGGGCACAGACGACAAAUGGCUGGAGUUCCGCAAGUACUGCAGGAAGGAGCGGGCGCCGUUCGUGGUAUACGCCGACCUAGAGUGUGUGCUGAAGAAGACGGAAGACGCUGCUGGGUCGUCGUACGCGUACCAGCGGCACGAAGCGUUCAGUACAGCUUAUUACGUGCACUGCUCGUACGACAGCACGUUAUCCGAGUACAGAUGUCGGCGGGGCAACGACUGCGUUAGUUUGUUCGCGAGCCAGCUAGAGGCGUUGGCGCACCGCGUGAAAAAUAUAAUAACGACCAACCGGCCCAUGGACUUUACGCGCGACGACUGGCGGAGAUUCGACAGCGCGACGCACUGCCACAUCUGCGAGAGGCCGUUCGCCCCGGGUGACGAGCGGGCGCGCGACCACUGUUACGUCACCAGGCGAUACCGCGGUCCGGCGCACAAGGGAUGCAACGUGAACUACAAGGACUCUCCGUACGUUCCGGUUGUGUUCCACAACCUGUCGGGGAACGACGCGCACUUCGUCGUACAGGAAAUAGCUACGCAAUUCCAGGGACAAGUGGAUCUACUUCCCCUGACCAAGGAGAAGUACAUUUCCUUCACGAAACACGUCAAAGACACCAAUGACACCAGUGACAAAGAUUCGCGAAAACUUCUGCUCACUCGUAAAGGGGUGUUUCCCUACGAGUACGUGGACAGCGUGGAGAGACUGAACGAUACGCGCUUGCCGCCGCGCGAAUCGUUCCACAGAUCGCUGACGGGCGAUACAGUGUCCGAGAGCGAUUACGCGCACGCCGAGAACGUGUGGCAGCGGUUCUCCGUGCGAACGCUCGGCGAGUACAGUGAUCUCUACUUAAAAACUGACGUCCUGUUGUUAGCCGAUGUGUUUGAGAACUUUCGAGACAGUUGCAUCGCGAGUUACGGACUCGAUCCCGCGCAUUACUACACCCUGCCCGGUUUCACGUGGGACGCGAUGCUUAAACACACGAGCGUGAAGUUCGAAUUACUCACAGACAUAGAUAUGGUGAUGUUCGUCGAGCGCGGCAUACGCGGCGGUCUCAGCCAGUGUUCCGGCAGAUACGCGCGGGCCAAUAACAGGUACAUGCAGGCGUACGACCUGUCGGAACCGUCGUCGUACCUCAUGUAUUACGACGUCAACAACCUGUACGGCUGGGCGAUGUGCCAACCGUUGCCCCACGUCGACUUUGCAUGGGUCGACGACGAGCAGAAUUUCGACUAUACUGUCGUCGCGUUGGAUUCGCCCACCGGGUACAUCCUCGAGGUGGAUCUCGAGUAUCCGCGGCGUCUCCACGACGCGCACGCCGACCUGCCGUUCUGCCCGACGCGCGCGAAGCCGCCCGGCAAGCGGGACUACAAGCUUCUCGCGACGUUUCGAACGCGCGCGAAAAAAGAUUUCGAGAAAAACCUGUACAAACUGAUGAACAACGCGGUGUUAGGCAAGACGAUGGAGAACGUGCGCGAACGCGUCGACGUUAAACUGGUGACGACAUGGGAAGGACGGUACGGUGCUGAGGCGUUGAUCGCGAAACCGAAUUUCCACAGCCGCAGCGUCUUCGCGGAGAACCUGAUAGCGGUCGAAUUGCGGAAACUCGAGGUGAAAUUCGACAAGCCUAUCUACAUGGGUAUGUGCAUCCUGGACAUUUCGAAAACGUGCCUGUACGAGUUUCACCAUGAGUACAUGACGCCGCUGUUUCGCGAUAGGUGCAAGAUCGUGUACACCGACACGGACAGUCUGAUCUACCAUGUAGAGUGCGAUGACGUGUACGAAACAAUGAAACGCGACAUCGACAGAUUUGACACGGGCGACUAUCCCGCGAACAACGCGUACGGUAUGCCUCUCGCGAACAAGAAGGUGCUCGGUCUCAUGAAGGACGAGAACAACGGCGCCUUCAUGACCGAGUUCGUCGGGCUCAGAGCGAAGAUGUGGAUGGAAAGAGGAACACGAAGAAGGCGAAGGGGGUGA